CAUGCAGAAAGGAGAAAAAGCUAGAAAACCAAAAGACAGCAGGAUGAGAGAGCUGGAGAGGAAGACAGAAGGAUAGAGAGAGAAAAAGAGAGCCAGCCAGUAGCAGCAUCGAGACAGACAGAGUUGGAGCCAGAGACACCGCUACAGAGACCACACUCCAUCCGGCAACCAUGACAACCAAGGCAAGCGCACACCGAGCCCCCAGCCUUCUCCUUCUCUGGCGCCAAUGAGGGGGCUAUGAUCCUCGACGCAUUUAGGGAACGAAGACUGCAAAAAACAGCUUAAGAAAACAUCAAGAACAACAUUACCCAAAGGAUACUUAUCCUUUUUUUAUACCUCCCUCUUCCCUCAGUAGUGAUGGAGAGGUAUGGGGGUUGAAUGGAUGGAGCCGUCUCCACUGCUGAUUGUGAGGGUGCGCUCCCCUCAUUGCUUGGGAGAGAUACUGAGAAGCUGUACCCAGGAAACCCUCCAACCUUGACCCAGCAAUGGAUUCCCUGAGGUGGGCUUGAAACACCUCUCCACCCUACCCCCUCAUGUUUCCCUUUGGGAACAAACAAGCAGAACUACUAGACAAUAGACUGGAAAACCAACUCGUCCUCCUCAAAUUGGUGGAGGAGCCCAAGAGAUGAACCAUGUAAAGCCCAUGGGCAUCAGGGCACAGUGGUGGAAUCAUCAAAGUGAGGUCAGCCGUCACAAGUGAGAUUGCAGUAACCUUGUAUAAGCCGGUGUCAGUGAGUCCUCAUGAACCCCAUGGCCCAGCUGUACUACAAGAAGGCGAGCUACUCGCCUUACCGUGACCGCAUCCCGCUGCAGAUUGUGCGGGCAGAGGCAGAGUUGUCAGCCGAGGAACGGGCCUACCUGACCGCAGUGGAGAAAGGCGACUAUGCUGGGGUCAAGAUGGCCCUUCAAGAGGCUGAGAUCUACUACAACAUCAACAUCAACUGUCUUGACCCCUUGGGGCGCAGUGCGCUCCUCAUUGCCAUUGAGAACGAGAACCUGGAGGUGAUGGAGUUGCUGCUGAGUCACGGUGUCCAUGUGGGCGAUGCACUGCUUUACUCUAUCCGCAAGGAGGUGGUGGGAGCAGUGGAGUUACUGCUGUCCUACAGGAAACCCAGUGGUGAGAAGCAGGUGCCUGCUCUGAUGAUGGACACGCAGUUUUCGGAGUUUACUCCUGACAUCACACCAAUCAUGUUGGCUGCCCACACCAACAACUAUGAAAUCAUCAAGCUCCUAGUACAGCGCAAGGUGACCAUCCCCCGACCACACCAGAUCCGGUGUGACUGUGUGGAAUGCGUGUCCAGUUCAGAGGUGGACAGCUUGAGGCACUCUCGCUCUAGACUCAACAUCUACAAAACCCUGGCUAGCCCCUCACUCAUCGCUUUGUCCAGUGAGGACCCCAUCCUCACAGCAUUCAGGCUGGGCUGGGAGCUGAAGGAACUCAGUAAAGUGGAGAAUGAGUUCCGGCAGGAGUAUGAGGAGCUUUCGCAGCAGUGCAAGCUCUUUGCCAAGGACCUUCUGGAUCAGGCACGCAGCUCACGUGAACUGGAGAUUAUCCUCAACCAUCGCGAUGACCACAGUGAGGAGCUGGACCCCCGUGAGUGCAGAGACCUGGCCAAGCUCAAGUUGGCUAUUAAGUACCACCAAAAGGAGUUUGUGGCUCAGCCCAACUGCCAGCAGCUCUUAGCCACGUUGUGGUAUGAUGGUUUCCCAGGUUGGAGGCGACGUCACUGGGUGGUGAAGCUGGUGACCUGUUUCACCUUAGGCCUGCUGUUCCCCAUCUUCUCCAUCAUCUACCUGCUGGCCCCAAAGAGCACACUGGGCCUCUUCAUCAAGAAACCCUUUAUCAAAUUUAUCUGUCACACUGCCUCAUACCUGACCUUCCUCUUGCUGUUGCUCUUGGCCUCACAGCACAUAGUACGAACUGACCUUCAUGUUCAAGGGCCACCUCCCACCAUCGUGGAAUGGAUGAUCUUACCUUGGGUACUUGGCUUCAUUUGGGCUGAGAUCAAAGAGAUGUGGGAUGGAGGCUUUACUGAGUAUGUCCAUGACUGGUGGAAUCUGAUGGACUUUGCCAUGAACUCUCUCUACCUAGCCACCAUAUCUCUGAAAAUGGUUGCCUAUAUUAAAUACAACAGCUCCCGUCCUCGUGAGGAGUGGGAGAUGUGGCACCCUACACUGAUUGCUGAGGCACUGUUUGCCAUUGCCAACAUCUUCAGUUCCCUUCGGCUCAUUUCACUCUUCACAGCCAACUCACACCUGGGCCCUCUGCAGAUCUCACUGGGUCGCAUGCUUCUGGAUAUCCUUAAGUUUCUCUUCAUCUACUGCCUGGUGCUGCUAGCCUUCGCCAAUGGCCUCAAUCAACUGUACUUCUACUAUGAGACUGAGGCAGCCGAUGAGCCCAACCACUGCAAAGGGAUCCGCUGUGAGCGGCAGAACAAUGCCUUCUCUACGUUAUUCGAAACCCUCCAGUCUCUCUUCUGGUCCGUGUUCGGUUUGCUCAGUCUAUACGUGACCAAUGUGAAGGCUCGGCACGAGUUCACAGAGUUUGUGGGAGCUACCAUGUUCGGCACAUAUAACGUCAUCUCUCUGGUGGUGCUGCUCAACAUGCUCAUCGCUAUGAUGAACAACUCAUACCAGCUUAUUGCUGACCACGCUGACAUUGAAUGGAAGUUUGCACGCACCAAGCUGUGGAUGAGCUACUUUGAUGAAGGAGGGACACUUCCCCCACCCUUCAACAUCAUUCCAAGCCCAAAGUCGGUGUGGUAUCUGUGUGUGUGGCUGCACAACCGCCUCUGUGGCCAAGGCCAUCCCAGGCCUGAGGAGCAGCACAAACAUGAGAACCUCAAGGAGUUCACGGAACGACAUGCUGACAACCUCAUUCAAAACCAGCACUAUCAGGAGGUGAUCAGAAAUCUGGUGAAGCGAUACGUGGCAGCCAUGAUCCGUAGAACCAAAACUGAUGAGGGGUUGACAGAGGAAAACUUCAAGGAGCUUAAGCAGGACAUCUCCAGUUUCCGCUAUGAGGUUCUGGACCUGCUGGGCAAUCGCAAGCCUCCACGUCGCACCUAUUCCUCCAGCAGUGAGGCCACACAGCAGGAUGAUGCAGCUGAGCUUGAGCAGGACGAGGAGAGGCGGGUCAAGGACGCAAGUUGUGGAGAGGGGGCAGAGUCAUCCAGGGUCAGGAGCUCUGUUUCCUUUGCCCAGGUGGACAGAAAGAACCGCGAGAGUCAGUACAGCGUGUCGGCACUUUUCCGGUCUAUGGCAGGCGUGGAGGAAUGUCCUGACGAUAGACUAAAGAGCAAUGGCUUGAGGAAGAGCAAGUGGUCGCCAUCCUCGUUUGUGAGGACGAGCAGCCGCCUACAGCGCUUUUCACGCUCCAAGAAGGACUCCUUGCGUCGCUUGGGCCUGCUGUUCCAUCGUAUGAAUGGACAUAUGCCGGAGGCACGUACACAGAGCCUCGGCAAUCAGCCUCUUCAGCAACAGCAGCAGUCCGCUUACAGCAUCUCGGACACAGUGUUACAGCCACAAACAUCCUGGCAGGACCCGCAGGCUCUGCCGGAAGACCGAGUGACAAGGAGCGAGCUGCACCUACACACACUGGGAGUGGGAUCCAGAGAGAGAGAUUCAAACCCAAUGCAGUCCACAUCUCAGCAGGCAAAUGGCAGGGACAGUAUCUUACUCAGGCCCCCCGGCCACUCCUCUCUGCCUCCCCUGCACUGUGCUUCCAGCCUGACUGCCUCCAGCUCCCGCCUGCUGUCCUCCAAUGAGGACCUUUGUCAGGGUUGGGUUGGACCCUGUGAUACCCUGGGUUCUUCCUUUUGGGAGCAGGAAGAGUCUGUCACAACUCAGCUCUAGGCACAGACUCUCAUUUGGUGCUUGAGAGCAGGCCAUGACAGCUGAAGCAAUCCCACUAUGACUGUUCCCAGCCUAAAAUGACUGUGUAUUAACAAAACUGGCAAUGGUCAACACACAUACAAACAAUACUCAAUAUGCUUUUAUUACUGAAAACUAUGAUUAGCAAAUAAGUAGUCUUUAAAUACUGUGUACAUUAUUGGGAAUGUUAACAUUUACGUUUUCUGCAAUAUGGGAGCACAUUUGCAUUGAUGACACACAUCUAAUGCAAUGUUAUUUUUUAUUAUAUAAAUGCAUACCAAAUUUCAUAAAUGUUCUUUGCAGCAUAGACUUAUAGACUAAUAUCCACAUAGAGCUGUCAUCAACACAUCAGCUACAUGCUACUGAUUUGAUUCUGCUUCCCUAGCGUCUAAGUUGAAAGUGUCAAAAAAGUGCUGUUAUGGGUUUGAAAGCAAGCUUAGCGUGGAUUUCAGGCAGGUACACCAGUUAAGUGCACCCAAAUUUACAGUGAAACUUUUGGCUAUGGUUUGCUGAUCUGGCAGGUAUAUAAAAGGUGGUAGGUGGUAAGAAGCAUUACUGCCAGUGCCAAAGUGCCGCUAUGCAGAACAUUUACAUUUUACCUUUAUCCUUCACAGGUGUAAGGUUAGGGUUAGGUUUAGAAUCUGCAGCAUCUCAGACAGAAUCUAAAAACAAGAAUAGUUUGUGCUUAAGUUUCAGCCCUUUUUACAAUGGAAAUGAUGAGAAAAAGUCGAACAGGAAUAAGGGUCGAUCUUUGUGAGGCCCUUGUGAUGGAGGACAAAUGUCUGAUGAGAAAAGCUCUGAAAACUGCACUGAAAUUUCAUACAAAGUGCCAGAUUAAGAAAUAUGCAUUUGAACAAUAAUUCCAUGUGCAUGCACUUCAUGAUGUCAUUAAGGUGUUUACAGAGGAAAUAUGGAUGUUUCAGCUGAGGGGUUUUCCCUAGUGAAUGGCUGUUGUAGUGUUUGUCUUACUUUGAAACCUGAGCUGGUUUUGUAGGUCCAGAUUAAAAGCAACCGUGGCAGACGUCCCUGCACAAACACAAAUUAGUCAUGGACUAAAACUAGGCUUAGUUUAUGUCCAGAAACCUGACUUGUGUAUUCAUUAGGAUUAUGAAGUGUAUUGACAGGAUGUCAUCCAUUAUUUUCAUUUCUUACUUUUGUUUGAAUAUGAAAGGUUUUAGUUACAUUUUACGUGUUAUGGUUCAGUAAUAUAUUAAUCUUAUUUGUGCGAAUAAGUUGAACUGAUCAUUUUCAACUUCCUUUUUUGAGACUUUUCAAAUAAUAACUUUGCUUUUGUAUAAAAUUAUUUUUCUAUAUUCUUUUCUGGGAUUUUUUUCUUGAGGUUUUUGUUACACUUUACUUAUGUCUCAAAGUGACUUUUUUUUACUUUGAUUUACUGAAAAGUUGCUUUGGUAUGAAUUUCUAUACUGCUCAGCUAUGAUUACAAGAAUGAAAGGAUGCCUAUUAACUAACAGUCACAGCUGACUGCUAACCUGUCACAAGGUUAUUUUUUAUACCCAGUUUGAUUUGCAUGGAUAGCAUUAUUAGAAAUAUCCUUAAGAUUGUUGGUCAAAAAUUGAAGUUGUCAGAAUUUAAAUUGUCAGUUGUCAAAGCUGUCCACAUUUCGCUUCAGAACAUCCAAAUAUAUCAUGUUAACACAGAUAAA